AUGAGGAGCUGUGCGUCGCUCACGCUCCUCGUCGCGUGCGUCCUGUGCGCGCGCUGUGCCGACGCGGUGUCCGCGCGCGGCUGCGCGUCAUGCGGCGCCGCUCAGCCGGAAGACGCGGACCUGGUGGAGGCCGUGAAGAGACACGUCCUGACCCGGCUGCACCUGCGGGACAGACCCAACAUCACGCACGCGCUCCCCAAGGCGGCGAUGGUGACGGCGCUGCGCAAACUGCACGCCGGGAAAGUGCGCGAGGACGGCGGGGUGGACAUCCCGAACCUGGACGGACAUCCGACCAGGAACCAGGUUCCCGAGGAGAACGCCGAGAUCAUCAGCUUCGCAGAGAGAGAUGACACUGUGACAUCCAAAUCCAGUCUGUUCUUCCUAAUCUCCAGUGAGGGAAACCAGAACCUUCACGUGACUCAGGCCACCUUCUGGCUCUACUUCAAGCUCCUGCCGUCCCCCCUGGAGCUGGGUUGGAGGCGUAGCGUGACUCUGAAGGUGUACUACCAGGAGCCCGGCCUCGGAAGCAGGUGGAACCUGGCGGAGAAACGAGUAGAGUUGAAGCGCAGUGGCUGGCACACCUUCACACUGACCGAUGCCAUCCGGCUGGUGUUUGAGAAGGGUGACCGCCGUCAGAACCUGGACGUCCGCUGUGAUGGCUGCGAGGCUGGGGGGGUUGUGCCUGUUCUCCUCAGCCAUAAUGACAAGUCCCACCGGCCUUUCCUGGUGGUGCGAGCGCAGCAGGCAGACAGUCAGCACCGGAUCCGGAAGCGAGGGCUGGAAUGUGACGGCAGCAGCAGUCUGUGCUGCCGGCAACAGUUCUACAUAGACUUCCGACUAAUUGGUUGGAAUGACUGGAUCAUUGCGCCGUUGGGUUACUUUGGGAAUUACUGUGAGGGGAGCUGCCCGGCCUACAUGGCAGGUGUCCCAGGCUCAGCCUCGUCCUUCCACACAACAGUGGUGAAUCAGUACCGCAUGCGUGGGAUGAGCCCGGGGUCCAUGAACUCCUGCUGCAUUCCCACCAAGCUCAGCACCAUGUCCAUGCUCUACUUCGAUGAUGAGUACAACAUCGUCAAACGGGACGUUCCAAACAUGAUCGUGGACGAGUGCGGCUGUGCUUGACUCACUUCAGUUAAAGUCAGGAACUUCUGAUGGACAUGAACCUGUAAAUAUAUUUAUACGUAUUGAUAUGUUCUGUUUAUAUUCUCACCACAGAUUUUUGUUGAAUGUCUGCUGAAGAGUUCCACAAACUGCAAAACAUCUUUAAAUGACUCCAGAGUGACGUUCAAGAUGUUCAGUUCCCAAAAGCAUCUGAGACUAAACUGGUCCAGGAUUUGUGUGGGUGUAACCUGUGUUGAGACCAUCUCUCGCUGGACAUGAACUCAGUACUGCCGGGACAGGAGGCCGACACCCCGGGGUCACAGUGCCCAGCAACUAACACUAUA